AUGGGAAUAGCUGAUAUUGGAGGUUCAAUGGUAAUUCACAUGUUUGGAGCUUUCUUUGGAUUGACAGUUUCUGCAUUUACAUCAGUUUCUAAAUGUAAGGGACAUAAAAGAGCAGAAAGUAAUUAUAUUUCAGACUUAACUUCUCUUUUGGGUUCUGUUUUUCUAUGGAUGUAUUGGCCUUCAUUUAAUGGAGCAUUAUAAUAUGAAAACUCUGAAGCUAUGAAUAGAGCUUUUACUAAUACUAUAUUGUCUUUAAGUGGUAGCGUAUUUGCAGCUUUUACUUGCUCUAUUAUGUUUAGGAGUGGAGAAUUUAAAAUUAAUGUUAUUGAUAUAUAAAAUGCUUCUUUAGCUGGUGGUGUUGCAAUGGGUACUUGUGCUGAUAUGCAUAUUUUACCUAUUUAUGCUAUUUUAAUUGGCAUUUUUGCAGGAUGUGUAUCUACUCUAGGUUUUUCUAGAUUUAUGUUUAUUAUUGAAAAUAAAUUAUAAUUACAUGAUUCAUGUGGUGUUUUGAAUUUGCAUGGAAUUCCUGGACUUUUAGGCGCUAUAUGGGGUUGUAUUGCUGCUGGCACAUCUUAAAACUAAAAUGAUUCAAUUGCUUAAUUGUAAAUGGUUUAUAUAAAAGCAGGUGAAAGUGACUGGAAUUAAUAAAAAUAAGGACAUAUUUAAGUUAUAUAUCUGUUUAUUACUUUAAGUAUCGCUAUUGGUUCUGGAAUUAUCGCAGGUAUUUUUUUAAAAUUAUUUGGAAAUAUUCCUACUAAAUUUUAUGAAGAUGGAGAAAUGUUCCAUAUGCCUCAUAUUAUUUAUGAAGAUAUGGAAAAAUUGCCAACCUGCAAUUGCAAAUGA